AUCACAUAUGAGUAACGUUUCCUAUUCGGCUAUAAAAUGAUUUGCUAAGCUAAGGAAUACCCAUACAUGUUGGAUUGGCAGUGAUUGGCAGACUAGCAUACGCGCAACGUUGAGGUUUUCGUUACCCUUAUUGGGUGUAGAGGUCAUUAUAAAUAUCUUCAAUCAAAAAACUGGAACUAUAUACUACAAAGUUGCGUGGAUUCUCUAACGACCAGGAAUCGUAACGAUGUCGAAGACGCAAGCUGGAUUAUUUAUUUUUCUCUCGACAAGUUUGCUAACAUCUUUGUGCAGUGCGGUGUUCUGUCGAACUAAUCCGUGUGUAUACGUUCCUGAUACACGCAGAUUAGAAUGCGCGAGUUUACUGCUGAAUUGUAUACCGAACGUAAACCGACGAUUGCUUCUGACGAUAGAUCUAAAAAACAACGCAUUGACGCAUUUAACAUCGAGGAGUUUCAUCAACUAUCCAAAUCUUCAACAGCUUGAUCUAAGUAGUAAUCAAAUAUCGUCCAUAAACCCGGGAGGUUUCUCUGGUCUUAAUAAACUUAAAAUACUCUGGUUGAGUUUCAAUCGUAUCACUUCAUUGACAAGUAAAGUGUUUCAAGCGAUGCCAAAUCUCGAAGUAUUGCACCUGGAAGGCAAUGCAAUCGUUACAAUUUCCGCAGAUGCAUUCGCUGGACUGACUCGAUUGAAAGAGAUUAAUCUAAAUGCUAAUCGUUUACAGAAUCUUCCGGAAAACGUUUUUCAUUCCGUGCCGAACUUAGUUCGUUUGUCUCUAAGUGAAAAUGUCCUGAACCUUCCUACAACGUCUAGAGUAUUCACUAGUCUUUUGUCAUUGGCAGACUUGGAAGUAGAAGGCAAUCGUUUCACAAGUAUACCAAAUAUCAACGGAAUGAGAUCCCUAUCAGAUCUGGAUCUUACAGACAAUCAAAUAACCGUUAUCCGAAAUAAUACGUUCUCUACUAACGUGAGGCUUCGUGAGUUGAAAUUCGGACGGAACAGAAUAGCCUCCAUCCAAUCGAACGCAUUUACUGGAAUCGCCGGCUUGCUUGAGUUAGAUUUAGGCUUCAAUCUGUUAACCUACCUACCCGAGCAAAGCAUCAGUCAUAUGAUUCUACUGGAACGGCUUCUUUUGAAUAAUAACCAACUCCCUUCUAUCAGUAAUGACUUGAGCUCCAUGACAAAACUUCAAGUUCUUCGACUUGACAGUAACGUGCUUCGAGAAUUACCUAGUCUCCGAGGAAACACAGCCAUGACUAGUAUAGGAUUACGUACGAAUAAACUCACAACAUUUGAUUCGGCGAAUAUCGCAUCUAUGCCUCAAUUAACACGAAUUGAUCUUCGUAACAAUCUACUGAACUGUGAUUGCCGACUACAAAGUCUGCGUCAUUUCUACAUAUCUCAAGCGGUACCAGGGUUUGAGGUUCCAAUCUGUACCUCUCCGAUGGCUUUGCACGGACGAAAGUUGACCAGCGUUUUAGAUUCACAGCUUGUGUGUAAUAAGCCGAAGGUCGUGGUAACACAACCCGUCGUGACUGUUGCACUUGGUCAACCCGCCAUCCUCCAUUGUCAUGGUAGUGGAAACCCAAUGCCCAUAAUAACAUGGAGACUCCAUGAUCGCUUUAGGUCACUAGUUACAAGGCAGACGAAAAGCGUUAAGUAUAGCGUAUCGCAGUUUGGGUCACUUCACAUCGCUAAAACCGUUCCAACGGAUGCAGGCUCCUAUAUGUGCCGCGGCACAAAUCCUGCUGGUGAAGCUCAAACCGAGGUAAGACUUCAGCUCCGUGCUCCACCACCAAAAGGCACAACAGCAAAACCGACACUGAUAACAGCUGCACCUAGGCCCACGAUUAAAAUAGAAUCACAUGAUGUACCGGGAGUACACAUCACGCCAUUUGAUAAUGGUAUUGUCACGUGGCAAGACAGAACAAAACUAUUAAAUUUUCCAAACAUACCGGAAUUUGACAUUCCAAUUUCAACGAAACGACCAGAUAUCCCAAUUGGUGAUAAUAACAAUUCUUCGAAUCCAAUGGAUUCGUGCCAACUUAGCUCUGCUCCUAUAGUUGCAAGUGUCGUCGUAACAUUUUUCCUGACUGCAAUAAUGUGCACCAUUCUAAUUUUGUUUUUCUACAAGCAAAUACGGUACUUUCUGCGAAAAUACACUCCUCUACGUAACUACAGUUCUCAAAUAGGAGUUCGCUUUAACAGCACUGGUUCAAGAGAUCACAAUUCACAUUUGCCAUCAUUUGAACAAACCAGCGAGGUACUACAAGGCGCGUAUGCAGUGCGCACAACUCCUGGACAAGACGAAGCCUACCACAGUGGUAGCUGCUCUAGCAGAGAGAGUAUUGACAGUAAGCAAAGUAACAGGUAUAUCUUGAGCGAUACGCUACCCAGCUCGACGAGUACGAGGUAUCUUAGUUACGAAGAUACGCAUGUAUCACACAGUCUGAAUAGUUACUACCGCAGGCCCCAUGGUCACAACCUCUAUCAGAACUAUAGAAUUGCCGAGGAGGAUCCAAAUUACGCUAGUCUUUUUCACCCUCCAGGUGGGCCACCAGAGAGAGCUAGCCAGGCUUUUGGUGGUAGGACCUACAUGGCGUUGAGGUGAGUGGACGAGAGUAUCUAGGAAAAUAUACGCCGUUGUCAAGCGGAAUUGUCAAAUACUGCCACCGUAUGACAUGCGUUUGUCGGUGGGCUAGACAAGAACAGUCAGAUUACAGUCUUGAACAGUCUGGAAUUGCUCGACAAUAGGCCUUGUAUUGUUCCGGCAAAGACAUGACCGUCCACAAAACCUGGCUGAAACCAACGGUUAGAGGGAACCACCGUAUGAAUAUUAGACACAUUGGGAGUUUGUCACUAAAAUAUUUAUAAAAUACGAAUCCCCUCCUUGGUUUUGGAAUCUGGAUUCGCUGACGGAUAGCCACACUACUAGAAUGCUGUACGAUGAAGCAAUCAGUUUCAUUGACAUAGUUUCAUUGACAUCAGUUAGUGCAGACAACAGGCAUACGCUUUAACAUAAAAGAAGCUUCAAGCUUACAUGGAAAGAGUGGCGGUAUGUUUAUGGUCUGGCCAUGCUGACUUCAGUCACUGGUUGUCUUGGCUGUGUGUAGAGACGAGAGUGGGUGUGUACGUCCAGGUUCAAACCAAAGACAGAGAUCAGAAGCACAUUCUUCGAUUGAUAUAUCAGAGUGUACCUUUAGGCUUCACUGAAAUUCCACAGCGAUUGUUUGCAUACUUUGAUAAUGUAAAAAUAUAAAUAAUACACCAGGAAUAUAAUUAUUUAUCAGAUUAUAAUUCUUUGAAAUUUAUUUAAAUGACUGCAGUAAACCAAGUAAACGUACAAAGCUAUAACGUUCUGUCAACACGAUUCAAUUGUAUGUUGAUAAUCAAUGUGAUAUGCUUACAUUUGGAUGUAAUAUAAUAUGCGAUGAUAUGGGCACAUCACACCAAUCCAAUUUGAUGGUGUGGAUAGAGAUAAAGAAUAGAACUCUCUUGAAGAAUAGAAACUUUAAGAUUGUGGGCACAUCGAACCAAACACUUUGCUUCAGUCAACAACAGCAUGGUGGUGAAUUCAGUCACAUAUACCACUUGUAUUCUAAUAACAGACAUUUCCGAAGUGUCAAUCAAAUUUAACAGCUGACUAAUCAGAACGUAAUUUCCAUGGCAUACAUUAUAGCAACACCUUAAGCCGAAAACUCACUGCUUCGUUUGACGGUCGUACGACCGUCGAUCCUACGACGAAUCAAAUUCCGUUCAGGUGAGCGCUAGGCGACACGAUGCCGUCUGCUGAUUGUAGGUGGCAGUUUGAAGGGAUCGUCAUUAAAAACGAUCCGUUGCGCACGCGUCGUGGCGUUGCGUUUUCCAUAGAAUAGCGUUGCGGCCGUCGGGCGCAGUAAGUGCCUAGUCUAAGCCACAAUAUACCGGUACAAGGGGCAGGUUAUGUCUAUUUGUUAUCUCAGUGAUACUGUAGUAGGCUAUUUUACUUAGAUGAUAGAUGUCAUUUCUGCUAUUAUUUUUAUGUUCUUUGAUGUUCUUAGUUGAUAUUGGUGAUGUGCCCAAUAUAGUGGCAUACCGAAGGGACUGGAGCCCCUGGGCAGGGGUUUUUAACGUUCAAUUAUGUAUUUUAAUGUAUCGUUUAUUUUUAUGUAUCGUGAUUUGACCCAAAACUGACCUAAUUAGUUAAUUUGAACUAAGAUUUUAAAAAUAAAAAUUAUAUAAGAAUUUGCUGGGGCCCCCUUACGCUCCGGGCUCCUGGGUUUAGCCAGUGAGAGCUCAUAGCCACUGGCUCAAUACUCAAUAACUUGUAUUUAACAUGUACAAAAUACAAAUGCAAUGAAAUUUGUUUUGGUUCCUUAUGGAGCAUGAAACAGGAUUACUAUUAAUGCUCCACAAAUUGAGAGUGGUUUUAUCAUGAUUAUUAGCAAAAACCGUAUUGUACUAAAUGAGUGCAUUAUGUAGGGUAGUAGGCCUACUUUGUUAUGCCGGUGGUGGACUGUUUUCGAUAGUCUUCAACAUUGCAGUGGCUCUAACAAAAGUAGGACUAUUUCGUGUGUUGUAAUAUAUGUAUAGUUUAGAUUGUAAAAACUCUUUUAACUCUUUUAAUAAAAAAAGAUUAAAUUCCAAAUAUUUGAAAUGAUUGAUUACUGUGUAUUUCAUAUGUGCUUCCUACAAUUUCUUUUAGAAACGGUAUAAAAUGACAUCACGUAGAUCCAAAUUAAUGGUGGCAACCACUUGGGUUCUAACAUGAUUGAGGAUACGAUAAGCAUAGAGCUCCAUGAGAGAUAGUGGUUAUCUACAUUAAUAAAUAUAAAUACCCAAACACAUGGUUUUUUUUUCGAAAUUACCUGCAUGGAAACCUGAGACAACUACAUAAACUAUAUAAUUGUAUCAGAUGGAAAUUGUAUUACUAAUGUGUUGCAAAAUAAAACUUUAGGAUCCAAAAUGUGUGUUCUAAUGUUGUGGAACGUACCGUACCCGGGCUCACUUUGAUCGCGGAAUAGUUUAUGAACAUGUGUUACGUCGUAUUUUGUAAUAAUUGUCGUAUCUUACAAUAACCUGCCGUAUUUUGUAAUAAACCUUGUAUUUUGUAAUAGGCAUACCUGUCGUAUUUUGUAACAAAUCUUGUCGUAGGCCUAUUUUGUAAUAACAGAGCUGUCGUAUUUUGUAAUAAAUCUAUGUCGUAUUUUGUAA